CUCGAACAAAGGACAGUUGGCACUCUCCGAUAUAACCGACUGGCCAGGAAUCGAAGCCGUUGCCGACUGGCCAAGAAUCGAAGCCGUUGCUGAGUUUAACUUUGGCCAAGAAUCGAAGCCGUUGCUGAGUUUAGACUACGUACCGGACGGAUUGCCUGGCAAAACACCUUCAAAGAUUGGGAGAGAACAGUUGGCACUCUCCGAUAUAACCGACUGGCCAGGAAUCGAAGCCGUUGCCGACUGGCCAAGAAUCGAAGCCGUUGCUGAGUUUAACUUUGGCCAAGAAUCGAAGCCGUUGCUGAGUUUAGACUACGUACGGACGGAUUGCCUGGCAAAACACCUUCAAAGAUUGGGAGUAUACACUGGCCUCACAAAUUGGGAUUAUACACUCAACCCACAUGCCCUCCAUGUAACGUGGGAGUAUACACUCAACCCACAUGCCCCCUAUGUAACCUAAGGAGGAAAUGGAGAAGACCCACCUGAUUCGGUGUCUAGCGGAGGAAAUGGUGAUGACCCACCUGAUUCGGUGUCCAGCUCUAAAGACAACGGGACGGAGAAGACCCACCUGAUUCGGUGUCCAGCCCUAGAGACAAGGGAGUCUGAUUGUGAAACCUACAGGAGGAAAUGGAGAAGACCCAUCUGAUUCUUAAUCUAAGAGAGUAUACACUCAACCCACAUGCCCUCUGUGUAACC